CUAUAUAAGGCGUGAGUUCUCCACAAGCCUUCUCAUCAAUCAAAAUCAAGUAAAUCACUACUCAGUAGUCAGUACAAAUUCCAAACCAUGGCUUCCAACGUUCAGCUUUCAGAAACAAGCAGCCCAAGGAAUCAGAAAAGUCGUCCGAGAGAAGAGAAGGAGGAAGUGGACUACAUGCAGAGGGCUCAGUGGCUAAGAGCUGCGUUGCUUGGAGCCAACGAUGGUCUGGUCACAGUGGCGUCCCUCAUGAUGGGUGUUGGUUCUAUCAAAGAAGACGUCAAAGCAAUGCUGCUCGUUGGUUUUGCCGGCCUUGUUGCGGGUGCUUGCAGUAUGGCUAUUGGUGAGUUUGUGUCUGUGUGUACCCAAAGAGAUAUUGAAACUGCGCAGAUGAAGAGAGCUAUUGAGAAUAUGACAUCAUUAUCCGCAAUCGACGAACAAGAGGAGGAAGAGAAGAAAGAACGGUUGCCGAAUCCAGGACAAGCAGCAAUUGCAUCAGCGUUGGCAUUUUCAGUGGGGGCAGCAAUGCCGCUUCUGGCUGCUGUAUUCAUAGAGAAUCAUAAGGUAAGAAUGGCGGUGGUAGCGGUUGUGGCCACCAUAGCAUUGGUUGUGUUUGGAGUGACCGGUGCGGUCCUGGGAAAGACAAGUGUGGUUAAGUCAAGUGUUAGGGUGGUUAUUGGUGGUUGGAUGGCUAUGGCUCUUACCUUUGGUCUCACCAAGUUCAUUGGCUCCGCAGCCAUGCAAAUCUAGAGGCUCUUCUUCAGUGGUCCUAUGCAUCACAAUUCACAAGUAGUGUUGCAUUAUGUUUGUAUUUGAAUCAUCACACUAUCUCCUUGAAACUAUACAUGUGAUGUAGACUAUCUAAUGCACAACACCAAGAAAAAGUUAAUAAAAUGGUUUGUUUAAUC